AUGCGUAUCACUAUCCCAACCAAUACCACCGUCAUUAUCGCCCUUCAAGGUGAAGGUAACGAUGUAGCGUUCUGGCAGUCAGUUUGGAUUAGUGACCUUCCGUUUAAAGUCAUAUUUAACGGCUUGUUUCAGUGUUGCUCUAUGAAGACAGUGUUCGUCCGUGAUAUGGGAUACUGGGAGGAAGGGCAGUGGAAUUGGAAACUGAGAGAUUCGUUGAUCGAUUCAGACAUCUCUCUUGAACCAGACUGGUCUGAUUGUUGUAAAUUGUUGGAAAAUGUCUCAGUUAUCCCCGACGAGUCCGACAAAUGGCGGUGGCUUCUUCAUGAUUCUUUGUCUUUCAAGUCUCUCUGGAAGACGGUUCUUCCGGCGAAAGUGCAAACUCUCAGUUGGAGAUUGGCGCUUGAUAGAUUGCCUACGAGAUCUAAUUUAUUGAAAAGAAGGGUGUUUGAUUCCGAGCAAGACUUGGAUUACGUUUUUUGUUCUAGUAGCCUCGAGGACGUAUCCCACCUCUUCUUCUCGUGCAUUAAAUCAACUCAGGUGUGGAACUCGAGCCUUAGUGGUCGGUGUCAAGCGAAUAGAGUAUAUUCGAUUUGGUUUAUUACUUGUUGGAGUAUUUGGAGGUCUAGAAAUGAAUGUAUUUUCAAUAAUGUAGUUACUGAGGUCGACAAUAUUGUUUUCGACAUUAAACUUUAUUCUUGGAAUUUGUUGAUCCUAUGUAAGAAGGGGAGCAAGAAGUGUUGUUUGUAUGGUUAG